CAGCUAUCCUGGUUACCAACCAACACAACCCACUGGGCACAUGAGAAAACACACAAAAACUCGUUAAUGACAAAGCUAAUGGCUAACAAAGUACUCUUUUACGCAGCACGAUCAACGAGCACACAGCGGCACAGAUUUCAAAGAUGUGUAUGAGGAGCGAUCGGCCCCUCUUCGAAAUAUGGGAUAGGGCCAUGUGAACAGCAGCAUCAUCCGCAGCCACACAAUGGACAACGAGGAGAGUAAGACGUGCCAAGGAGAGAAGCUUCCCCCUGCUGUAGAUGACACUCUGGAUGAAUAUUUAAUCACCCUCCAGCACAAAAACAGGAUCUUAAAGCGCCUUAAAGUCAAAGACCCUCGGGAGAUUGAGUUGGAAAGACUUGAGCAAGGUUUUUCAAUUUAUCUUAACGGAGCCAAUGCCGAAGCCGGUAAGAAGCAGCCCAAGGGCUCCAACCACAAGUCUGUCACCUCCCCAGCCCCUUGGAGACCCGCACGUACAGCAGAUGUCUGUAGAAGCGCCCACCAGCUAACUGAAGAUAGUCGUAAUCUGGAGCAGACUCACAAGGAGAGGAGCCAAACUGCCCCUGAAAAGGUCCAGAGGAAAGAAUGGGUGCAGACUUCUGUUAAAAUUCGAACAGAGGAUGGACCAAGUUUGCGAAUAUCCCCAGAGAAGCGCUACUCCGAGGAUUUUGAGCCCUACGAGAGCGUAGAUAUGGAGAGCCCACGGUCACCUCGCUCCUUCAGUUCCAGACCCGAGGGCCAGGGAGGCCAAGCGAACAAGGACCACAGUGAGAAGGUGCUUCUCAACCUUGAGGAAGUAAAGGUUUUGCGUCGGAGCCUGGAGGUUAGCAUGCGACGGAGCAGCCGAGGCUCAGCGGGGGAGGAGUCAGACGAGGAGUGGGUAGAGGAGCAGAUUGAGAGGGAGGAGAGCACUGAGAGUCUGGAUGAACUGGGGCUACCUCUCACCUCAUCCAAGUCCACCUCGUCCAGCUCUCGGCCCAGCGGCUCCCACAGCACUUUUGACUCAACAAAUCUCAUCGUCCUGGACUUUGGACCGUCACCUAAAGGUCGUAAGAUUGAACGUUCUCUGUCUGCAAAAAGAAGAGAAAGCGUUGACACCUUCAUACCCACCAAGCCUAUGUUGGUGAAGAGCAAAACAUUGGAUAGGCCACCUUCAAAAGAGAGUCGGGAUGGUCAGAGGCCGAGGAGUCGGGUGGAGAGGCCGCUAUCAGCAGCUAGAAAGGCUUCUGUUGAGGAUCGAGACUCCGAGGACGUUGCGUGCAGGGUGCGCCAGGCCAUGCAGAGAGAAAAUGACCCUCUUCCGUGUGCCGAGCUCUUCAGUCGCAACACGGCCAGGGGAAAACCGAUGAUGAAUGGCUUAGUGCACCACAGCAGCCACGACAAGGACGACAACAAUGUCACUCUGGCUAUGCAGAGGAUCACGCUCAUGGGCCCCAGGCAACAACAGAAACUGCUGAAAGCCUUGGAGAAGCUUGAAGUCGGACCCAGUUACAGCAUUCCUCAGAGUGUCAAAACAGACUUCAUCAAGCAGCCGAGAAGGCAGUCCUCAACGGAAAUCACCCCUGCGCUCUACGUCACGAUGGAGAUCCUGUCAAACUGGGGGAACGCGCUGCAGGUCGGGCUGACCGAGCUGCAGUUUUUCUGCCUCCGAAAGAAGAAGCUGUACGUGUCGCCGCACGACCUGGACAUCAGGAAUGCCGACUGUCCCGGGAAUCUAGGGGCGCUUGUCAACGGAAAGGUGAAGACCACCAAAGAGCGUCACAUGUGGACGUGUCUCUUUCACCCUCCCAUCCAGCUCUACUUCAUCAUCAGGAACACGGAGCACUCCCCAGACUUUGGGAUAUCUUAUAUCAAAAUCUGGAACUUCAACAGAAGCCUCAGCGAGCUUGACAUAGGCGCACGGCAUAUAAAGCUGUACCUCAACAGCACGUUGGUGUUUGAAGGCGAGCUGGAGAAGGGCUGCGGCAACCAAGUCUUCGACUACAGCACCACAAUUGAUCUCCAGGAUUUCCAGGCCUCAGACUCCUUGUUCUCAAGUCCCGUGUCUUCGGCACACGAUCUGCGAGGUGUCAGCCCCCAUCGCAAUGAGGACAAGAAGGGUGGAGAGGGCAGCAGCACGCAGCGAUACCAGAGCUCGAGUGCACUCUCAGACCCAAUAGGACAGGCAAUGGUAGACAUGCAGGAGAAAUCGCAUAUACCGCUACCACCCAUCGCUGCUUCAGUGGGCGUUUCACCCUCUGCUCAUCGCUCCUCCACACAAAGAAACUCUUUUGACCUCUUUGCCUCGGAAGAGCUCCAUUCUCUCAGGCAGCAGGCGGAGCAGCCAGCACCCAUGGAGCAGACGGUCACCACCCAGCCGUCCUCCUCGCGGGUCGCCCCCCAGUGGUUGCAGCCCCUGAACAGAGGCGCUCCAGAGGGCUGUGAGACCAGCAGGGAGAGACCCCGGUGGCUGGUACCUCAGCACUCUGCAGAGCCCAAACCCCCGUCAGCCUCAGCUUCAGCCUCUUCCAUGCUCCCAGAGCUGCCCUGCAAUCCAAGCCGGGUGUGCAGAGGGGUGGAGAGGGCGACAAACGGAGUUCAGCGGAAGGCCGACUCUUUAGACCUGAGCUGUGACCUGCUGGAGGAGCUCGGGGAGCCAAACCCAGACAGGCCCGUCAGUGGACGCAGGAGCUCGUUCAGAAACUCCUCAGUCACUUCCAGGCAGAUGGAGGACCACCACCACGGAGCUACAGCACUGAAAAACACUGAGGAGCCGAUGUCUUUGGUGAACACCAGCAGGAGGCAGAGCAGCUCUCGGGCCCAGCUGCACAGCCAGCAGGAUGACACCCUCAUGGAGUCCUGGGACUCCCUCACUAAGUUCAACCAGUGUCAGCGCGGACGCAUUUCCAACAUGGGAUUCGAGGGCGACAUCUUCGACGAGUUCCUUCAGCGCCAGAGCCGAAAUCCGCCCGCGGCCCCAGUCAACCCCUCGUCCUCACCCAGGAGCCCACUGUCCUCCUUGACGCCUCAGGGGUCACUGUGUGAAGGCCCCGAUGACGAUCCGCUGAUGGAGCGGGAGGAUGAGUUCGAGAUCCCGGUGUUGCCGCAAGGCCAGAGACUGGUCAUCAACAUCCUGUCCACCUGGGGGGAUCGCCACUAUGUGGGUCUCAACGGCCUGGAGGUCUUCAGCUCCAGCGGAGAGCCCCUUCGACCUGCCCACAUCCGUGCCGACCCUCCGGACAUUAACAUACUCCCAGCGUACGGCAAGGACCCACGCGUGGUCACCAACUUGAUUGACGGCGUCAAUCGCACUCAGGAUGACAUGCAUCUUUGGCUCGCGCCGUUCACCCCUGGUCGUAGCCACACCGUAUUCCUGGACUUUGGAGCUCCUUACCAGGUGGCCAUGAUCCGCGUGUGGAACUACAACAAGUCACGCAUCCACUCAUUCCGAGGCGUGAAAGAGGUGGAAAUGCUGCUGGAUGGAAGGUGCAUCUUCAGGGGAGAAAUUGCCAAGGCUUCUGGGACUCUGUCUGGAGAGCUGGACCAGUUCGGGGACACUAUCCUGUUCACUACUGAUGAUGAGAUCCUGGAGGCCAUGUCGCGUUACGAUGAAACCUUCCACAGUGAAGACGAAGGUCCUGAAAACUUGGUGUAUGAGGAGGAGCUGCAGAGACCACGGACCGCUGAUGGAGAGGGAGAGGAGAGGCCUUUCACGCAGGCUGGUUUCAGAGAGGAAGACCUCGCUCUGAAACUUCAACUCAACUCUACUUUGAGCCAAUCUGAGGAGUUGGAACAUAUUCCUGGGAUGUACACUGGAAAGUGCCUUAGACUGGAGCUGGUGUUGACUUGGGGUGAUUCCCAUUACAUGGGCCUGACAGGACUGGAGGUGGUGGGGAAGGACGGAGAGAGCUUGCCUUUAACCCUCAGCAUGUUGGCUGCCUCGCCCAGGGACCUCAACGACCUACCUGAGUACGGCCAUGACCUGCGUACACUUGAUAAGCUUAUCGACGGCCACAACAUUACCACUGAUGACCAGCACAUGUGGCUGAUCCCUUUCUCCUAUGGAGAUCCCCACAUCUUGAACAUCACCUUCACCAAGCCCCAGACUGUCGCCGGUCUCCGUGUCUGGAACUACAACAAGUCUCCUGAGGACUCUUACAGAGGAGUGAAGGUGAUCCAUUUGUUCAUGGAUGAUGUUGCCAUCUCACCGACGGAGGGAUUCCUGGUCAGGAAAGGACCGGGCAACUGUCACUUCGACUUUGCCCAGGAGAUUCUCUUUGUUGACUUCCUCCAGAAGCCCGCUGAUAGCAAGCGUAAUGAUGACUACCACAGGGGAAGCUCUAAGAAAGAAGAACAAGCCAGCAUGGACUACGAAGCACCCAUCAUGCCUUGUGGAUUCAUCUUUCAGCUACAGCUGUUGACAACCUGGGGAGACCCGUAUUACAUCGGCCUGAACGGCCUCGAGAUUUACAACCAGCAACACGAGAAGAUCACUCUCAGUGACAACAACAUCGCUGCUUUCCCAGACAGCGUGAAUGUGCUGGACAAUGUGAGUGGUGAUGUGAGGACGCCAGAUAAACUGAUAGACGGAGUCAGCGACACCCAUGAUGGGAGACACAUGUGGUUAGCCCCCGUGCUACCUGGACUGGUGAACCGCGUGUACGUCAUCUUUGACCAGCCAGUGACGGUGUCCAUGAUUAAGCUGUGGAACUACUCAAAGACUCCUCAGAGAGGAGUGAAAGAGUUUGGGCUGCUGGUGGACGACCUUCUGGUAUAUAACGGCAUCUUGGACAGCGUGAGCCACGUGGCGCGAGGCAUCCUGCCCACCUGCGAGCCAGUGGUGCCGUACCACACCAUCCUGUUCACAGACAAUGUCUACAUCGCUCACCGUGAGAGGAACACUGUCAUCAGCCCUCAUGGUAGCAAGCACCACAAACAUAAUUACGUGGAGGAUCAGGAUGUGAAGAUGACCAACGAAAAUCAGAUAGUUCAUCACAAUAAGAAGAAGCCGACAGCAGAUCCAGCUCUACGGCCUAAAACCUGCAUGACGGACGGCGGGAAACACGGAAAGAGGAGGUACUGACUGAUGGACCGGCUGAUCUGGAUUCAAUGUUUAGACAAAGAGAGCAGGCCAGAACGGAUGACUUUUUUUUUUUUUUUUUUUUUUUUAAUCACAUGGUUCACACUGAAGAGGACUGAGCUUGGACACUGGGUUUACACACACACACACACACACACACACACACACACUGGAUUCCACUUUGUGGUUGGAUCACUCCCCCCUCCAGAUACAUGUCAUCCUGAGCGCGUAGUUGUCGCCGCCCCUCCCACGGUGCCAGGAGAAACCGGCGAGGCUGCACAUCAGCCCUGUUAUCGUGCCUAGUACUCAACACUAUAUCUGUGGCUGCUACUUGUGAUGUUCGCGCUGCAUAUUCCGAAUGCUGCUUGUGGCAUGUAAAUACUCCGAAAAGAAAGCUUCGAGGCCACGCGACUACACUCCCGCAUCAGGACGCUGCUUACGAAUGAACUUGAUUCACCGUUGAGCCUACAUGAUCAGCUCUUGGCCUAAAAACCGACUCCCGCCAGUUCACUAACGGUCGUAACGCUAUGCAGCCGCCAAUUUAUAUCUCAAUCAUUUAUAUCUGCCGGCUAAUAUAUUUCAGAGCCUGAUGCUUUUACUUGGAAGUGUCUCCGGAGAGGUUUUCACAACGGGAGGGUUUAUAUCAGCGGUUAAUGCGACACUUGGAGGAGAUUUUAUAGGAGGCUUCGCGGUGCAUCUGCUACGCUUCACAGAGUUAGGUCAGUGUAUUUCUUCUGCUUAGCAUCAGGUAGAAAACGUUUGCAAUCCAAGUGACCUUUAUGGAAGUUGUUAUAUGCACAGAGUAGACAUCUGGAGGCAAACACUUCUUAAGCAGGCAAAGCAGUUUUAGUAAUUUGACUGAAAACGUAGAUUUUGAAUAGAAAACAGGCAACUUCUAAUAUGCAAGUACUAUUACCUUACCUCAAAUUGAAAAGAAUUCUAUUUAAAAGGGACAAACAUGGCUCUACCUUCACUAUACUACGCGGUAGUCUCUUUUCUUUCAUUCGAUAUUUACUGUAGUAACUUGUUGCAUGAGAACGUCUCCUCAGCGUUUACUUGGAGGAGUUUUUACUGCUUCAUUGAGCCCCAGUAUAUCAGCUGUUUCUCACUACUCCACCUGGGAGUAAUUGUAUAUGAAAUGCAGUUUUAUGUAUUUAAUUUAUGUCCGACAACAACAGUCACUACUCCCUUUCAGUUGUGCCCUGAGGAGCAGUGGCCGUUGCUGUACGUGCGACAUUUAGUGUUUUGAAAUAUUUAAUUAUUUUUCUAAUCUUGAUUAAAUAUGUAUAUUUGACGUAGGUUUAUUUGACUGAAUAAUAAAUUUAUCUUCAACCAGC